AUGUACGUAGACUACCUGGUGGUGGGGAUGGUGUACUUCGGCCUCUCCCUCAGCGGCGGUAACUUCAGCGCUGAUCCUUUCCUGUACAUGACACUCACGGGGUUGGUUGAGAUCCCCAGCAACACAAUCAUUAUUCCCUUCGUCGCUCGCUUCGGCAGGAGGUCCCUAACGGUGCUGUUCUACCUCCUGAGUGGGGUACUACUGUUAACUCUGCCCUUCAUACCCGCCAGGAUUGGAUGGCUGAUAGUCACACUGGCGCUGGUGGGCAAAAUGACUAUUACGAGUGUGUUUAACAUCAUCUUCCUCUACGCCUCUGACCUGUUCCCUACCGAGGUGAGGACAAGGGGUAUGGGCACCUCUCUCAUGAUGUCUCGUGUCGGCUCCAUGACAUCUCCCUUCAUCAACGAUUAUUUGGGCUCUGUGUACCCGUGGGCUCCGUCGUUGUUGUUCGGGGUGGUGUCAGUGGUGGCGGGUGUGACAACACUGGCGCUGCCGGAGACCCUCGGCAUCGCGCUGCCAGACACCAUCGCUAAGCUGGAGGGCCGCGGCACUAAUGAGAAUCAAGGUGACUCACGGCAGAUUAAACUCAAAGUCGUCAGUCAUCACAACAGCUGUAAGAAGUGGGUGCAGCCAUCACAGUAGCUGACGUCAUCACAUUCACAAAAUAUUCACAUGAUAAAUUGUACAGUUUAGUUAAAGACUUCGAAACACAUCUAUAUAACUACAAAAUCCUAAAAUUGUUAACGUUGAUAAUUAUUUGUUAUUUUGUCUGUUAUUUUUGUAAUUCUUGUUAUCUUAAGUCGGCCAUUUAGAGUUACAUCACAAUCUACACAACUGAUUGGUUCUGACGUCACUUACUGUCCUCCAAUGCCACCAAUCAAGCACUACCGCUACCACUGUACCUUUCCUCAUCCACCAAUGAUUUUGUAUUAAACUAGUAACGUCACAUAGAGUAAGCCAAUCAGGAAAAAGAAAGAAGAGUAAGGGCGGAGGACAACACUAAAUUCGUGGGGGUUAUAAUAAAACACCAAAAAAUUUA